AGCUCUGUUUCUCCGAAGAAUACCCGCGAGACCAAGCAUGAUUCGAUUUUGAUGAAGGCUAUUACCCUUUCACUCCACCUGUACCGGUACAGAAAGUCCCCGUGCGAAAUCCAGUCCUUCCCUAAAUUACAUGUGAGGGAGUUAGUUGCCGGUGGAUGAUACCGGUAGGCGGCACGGGUGCGAUAAGCACGAUGCUCACUAUUCAGUCACGUUGACUUACCGUACUGGUAAGCUAACCAAAGGCAAGGCCCCCACACCGGCUCAAGUAUAUACCGCCCGAUAUGAUUCCACUCACCCUGAAUCGAAAAUACGGUAGGCCAGCAAUUGAGCAAAUCCAGGCUGCUAAAGCUCCAAACUUUCCACUUGGGUGUAUCUUUCCUGCAUGGUGAGAGCGCGAAGUUGCUCCGAUGCCCAAUGUACUCGGGCAGCAUACACUCCUUUUACGCCCUAGACAUUGAGAGUUGCCGGGUACAUGCUCGGGUACUCGAGUACAGUACUCGUACAAGACGGCUCCUUGGCCUCAUGGUAGGUAUCGGGUGACGGAAUUGCCGGGAAACCCCGCGUUAGUUCCCCCAUGUCUCUAGAACUGUAAUUUGGAUGGGCUGUUUUCCAAGGGGUUUGUUUCUCUUGAUCAUUUAUCGGUGGCUUACUAUGCCGAGAUAUGGUUGUGGAUUACCGGUAUUUUGCUGAGGCAUCGUCUGUUGGGGCCAGUGUUGCGUUGGGUAAACCCCUGGCUAUCGUACGGAAUCAGAGUUUACCGUGCUGUACUCGAGCACUAGGAAUGCUAGUAUAAAAGCAGGGGCUUCCCUUCUGAACAGCUAGCGAUGCUAUCCCAGACAAUUACUACAGGUACUGUACAGCCUUCUGGCCUGGAAGCGAUCUCCGAUGUUUAGAAGGAGACGAGCAUCGCAGGUCUACCGUACCGUACUCAAGGUUACCAACAUCGGAUCAGAUAACGUUGCUAACCAGACCUAUGCCCACUAUGGCGUCGUUAGCCAUCUUUUUCAUAUCAUAGCUGGGUAUCAUAGCUUUCCUCCGCUUCUCUCUUCCCAAUGACAUGAGGGCAACAAUCCAGGUGCCUUGCCCCAGGCCUUGGUCGUCGGGGGUAUUGGAGGAAGAUAUACCAGUAUGCCUCAUCUCACACCUUCCAUCAUGGCAUUUGUGCUCCACCGUUCCAAUAUUCUAGCAUUCGAUGCUCGUACUACCAGCGGAAAGAGUCAAACACUAAAAAAAGCAAACCCACACUUCCAGCACCCCAAAAGUGAAGUACUGUACCGGUGCCAUGUCUUCUUCCACACAUAAGGUACGCACAACUUCCCCCGUACCGGUACUACGUUCCCAUCAACAACAGCAUCAAUGCCCCUAAUCACAUCUCCACACUUUUACAUCUUCCAUUCAUCAACAAGUUACCCUUCGCACUCCCCCCAUCACCGCCCAAUUCCGCGGUCAAGAACUAUAUUUCCACCGGAUCCUGACACCAAGCAGUCGAAUCCGACCAAAGGGACGAAGAACACAACCGACCCUGCCGCAAAGGGGGAUCAAAAGGCGGAAUUCUCCGGCGCCGUCACAACGGACUCCUUGGCAGCCGAAUCACUUCGUUCUGGUGGCGACUUUUCCAGAGGCAACCCCACAGGUAUCAUUGGGAUCACAGCAGAUAACUCAACACUGAACACCACCAUCAGCGGCGGAAAGGUUUGCGAGAUCCGUGGGAAUUGGUCUGGUGAAGAGCGCUACGCUGAGGCCGGUGUCGAUCGGAAGAAAUUUGCGGAGGUUGGCGCGAGCGGAGGCGGGAGCCAGGCGGAUGAUCCCAUCGAUGAAGAUUUCGGUGGGAGACCUGUUCGGGAACCUUUGAGAAGAAAUGCAGGAGGUAGCGCCGGUCGAUCGUCACGAACCCCCCAUGGUGGAUCGGGUGCUGGUAGGGGGUUUACGAAAGCCGGUGAUGGACGUCACAGCGAUAGUGGUGGAGAAGGGGGCAAGGGGUCUAAACAAUCUGCUGGCUCAGGACCUACCGGUGAAGUGAGCAGGGCCGUACCUAAUACUGUACUCGGCGAGCAGGUUAAGGAGCCUGGGCUUGAUUGGUCAAAGAUUCCGAAGGACAUCAAACCGCUUACUGGUGCCGGCAGUGGGGAGGACCCGGGUCGUGUUGCGGAAAAUCGUCUGGUUAAACAACCAUCUGGGAAGCAGGGGCCCGGUGACACUAGUGGGGGGAUAGAGAGGUCUAUUGGGGAAGGGACAGUCUUUGAUUAUUUGAAGAGCAAUGGGAAUGCUUAGGCGUACCAUUGGGGUGGUUGUUUAAUGUAUGAUCUCUACUCUUGCACUACGACGAUCAUCGAUGGAUUCACGACUAGAUCGAUGGCACGGGGCGUAUGGAUGGAUGGAUUGGAGUAUGGUAAUAUCAUGAUACAUGCAUCUUUGGGAAAAAUGUACUUCGGGAAAUAGCUAGUUUUCGUAACUGCAUUCUUCAUCGUGGAGGCUAAAUUGUAAGUAUGCCUCCCGUUUCUGGUUGAAGAACAGGUCUGGAUCGAGAGGCACUUCCAUUUCGAUUGAAGUAUGCCUGCGCAAAUUUGGGCCCCCUGUUUGCAAGACUGUUUGGAUUUAUAUAGUUCACCCGAUCCCAAUCCCAUCCUUGCCCUGAU